CUCCUCAAGAUUUGACCGCUGCGCCUUGGUCAUCGCAUGGGAUUUCGCCAAACUGAUUAGUGGUAGGUGGCUAUGCCUCAGGAUCUUCACUACCAACCUACACAAAUCCCUCGGUUAAAAGGAGCUGGGAUGGAUAGCGUCGAUGGUGAAGAAGACACCCGUAGUUUCAGGGUUUGUGCCGCCCGCAAUGGCGAUCAACGUGAGUUAAAAUAAUAGAUAAAUUCGCCACUCAGACCUUCCUCUGCCGGAUUCUUUUGACCACCUCCAUCACUCAACAUUGCUCACACUGCGGUAUCGAUUUUUUCGAUCCGUCUCAAGUUCUUCGUCGCCGACGCCGUCGAGAAAAAAGAUGGGCAACGGCCUCAGCAGAAAGAAGAAGCUCGUGAAAGUGAUGAAGCUCGACGGUACCACCAUCAAGCUCAAGUCGCCGGCACGAGCAGGCCGAGUGCUCGAGGAUUACCCUGGAUACAACCUCCUUGACUCCGACGACGUCACGCGGAGCGGUGUCCGCGCUCGGCCUCUGGAUCAGGACGCCGACCUGAAGCCCGGCAAGCUCUACUUCCUCGUCCAGCUUCCCCGGCUGCCGCUGACACAGGCGGCGGACCCGCGGUCGCCGGCCGGCAGGGCCUGGUCGGGCGCGCUGCGCGUGAGCGCCAAGGAGCGGCUGGAGAGCCUCAAGCUCUCCCGCCGGACCAUGUCGGACGUGUCGUCGGUGGCCCGGCGGACGCCGUCAGCUGUGGCGGUAGAUGAGGCCGCGGACGGCGUGGUCCGGCUCAAGAUGCGCCUUCCCAAGUCCAAAGUCGAGAAGCUGAUGAAGGAGAGCAGGAACCCCACCGAGGCCGCCGAGAAGAUCACCGAGCUAUGCAUCGUCGGGGACGGCGGGGCGGCGGCGGCGGAGCCGGCGAUCUCGGCCGUUACCGAUGGCCGGAAGGAGAAGCGAACGAGAUUUGCUGAAAUCCCAGAUGAGAUUAUUGCCUGAUCAAUCAUCAAGCAUGCCAUAGCUCGUAUUUAGUUCAGUAUGCUCAAGGGAAAAAAUAACUUGUAUAUUCCCAAGGAAACUACUCACUGGUGCAAUUUGAGUAGCUGCUAAUGGCUUCCAAUUCUCCACCAGAAAGUAUCAUAGUUUGUAAACAUUAGCUUUUUGUCCCUCCACAUUAGUUGUGUGGAAUUUUGUGGAGUCUAAUGAAUGGAAUCUGCAAUUAUUGGGUAGA